UGAAUGCAGCACAGGGUCCAGUACUGAGUGGAGUGGCUUCAGAUCCUCAGAGCACGACUGAGUGAGGGAGCGAAGCACCACAGGAGCAGGAGACCGAGGGGAGGAUCACUGUUAUCGGAUACUAACAUCUCUACUUUCACCUACCCAGGAGAUGAAAUCCACAUUUUAAGCGCGUUAAAAACUUUAGUCCAGCCCAAGAAAAUGACGGUGGAUUUUGAAGACUGCAUUAAAGAUUCACCCCGGUUCAGGGCAAAUAUCGAUGAGGUGGAGACGGAGGUUGUGGAGAUCGAGGCAAAACUAGACAAGCUGGUGAAGCUAUGCAGUGGGAUGAUUGAAGCGGGGAAGGCGUACGUGAGCGCCAACAAACUCUUUGUCAACGGGAUCCGGGAUCUGUCUCAGCAGUGCAAGAAGGAUGAGAUGAUCUCGGACUGCCUGGAAAAGUGCGGGGAGAGCCUCCAGGAGAUCAUCAACUACCACAUGAUCCUGUUUGAUCAAGCUCAGAGGUCUGUGAAGCAGCAGUUGCACAACUUUGUGAAAGAGGAUGUUCGGAAGUUCAAGGAGACCAAGAAGCACUUUGAUAGGGUGCGCGAAGAUAUGGAAAUAGCGCAGGUGAAGAACGCUCAGGCGCCGAGGAACAAGCCUCACGAGGUCGAGGAAGCCACGAGCACGCUCAGCAUCACCCGCAAGUGCUUCCGACACCUCGCUCUGGAUUACGUACUACAGAUCAACGUUCUACAGGCGAAGAAGAAAUUUGAGAUCCUAGAUGCUAUGCUGUCAUUCAUGCACGCCCAGUACUCGCUGUUCCAGCAGGGCUACAACCUGCUGGAUGAGAUCGACCCGUACAUGAAGAAACUGGCUGCUGAGCUGGAUCAGCUGGUGAUUGAUUCAGCCAUGGAGAAGAGGGAAAUGGAGCACAAACAUGCCACCAUUCAGCAGAGGACCCUCAUGCAGGACUUUUCGUAUGACGACACUAAGGUGGAGUUCAACGUGGACGCUCCUAAUGGUGUGGUGAUGGAGGGGUACCUGUUCAAGAGGGCCAGCAAUGCCUUCAAGACCUGGAACAGACGGUGGUUCUCCAUACAGAACAGUCAGCUGGUCUAUCAGAAGAAGCUCAAGGACUCUCUGACGGUGGUGGUGGAAGACCUCCGGCUGUGCUCUGUCAAACCAUGCGAGGACAUCGAGCGGAGGUUCUGCUUCGAGGUCGUCUCCCCCUCUAAGAGCUGCAUGCUUCAGGCUGAAUCUGAGAAGCUGAGGCAAGCGUGGAUUCAGGCAGUUCAGGCGAGCAUCGCCUCAGCCUACAGAGAGAGCCCAGAUACCUACUACAUAGAGCAUCUGGAUAGAACUGCUUCCCCGUCCACCAGCAGCAUCGAUUCAGCCAGCGAGCCACGGGACCGCAGCGCCCGGGGGGAGACCAUCCUGCAGCGGAUCCAGUGUCUGCCGGGGAACGAGCAGUGCUGUGACUGCGGCCAGGCCGACCCUCGCUGGGCCUCCAUCAACCUGGGCAUCCUGCUGUGUAUCGAAUGCUCCGGCAUCCACAGGAGUCUCGGGGUUCAUUGUUCAAAGGUUCGCUCACUCACACUGGACUCAUGGGAACCAGAAUUAUUAAAGUUGAUGUGUGAGCUUGGAAACAGUGUCAUCAACCACAUCUAUGAAGGCUCAUACCAAGAACAAGGUCUGAAGAAACCAUUACCCUCCAGCUCAAGGCAGGAGAAAGAAGCGUGGAUUAAGGCAAAGUAUGUAGAGAAGAAGUUCCUGAAGAAGCUGGGCUCCACAGAGAUACUCAUCAACGGAGAGAGGAAGCCAGAGCGGCGGUGGAGUGUGAAGAAGUGUCGGAGACACAACAGUGCCACCACAGUACCCAAAACACGGCGAAGAUACCGGCAAGAGCCCGGCAGCACCUCCCCGUCUACCCUCUCCUCAGCCGCUGCCAAGUUCAGACGAGACUCCCUGUUUUGUCCUGACGAGCUGGACUCUCUCUUCUCUUACUUUGACACAGGAUCUGGGCCUCGAAGUCCGGCAGGCCUGAGCAGUGACAGCGGGUUGGGAGGCAGCACAGAUGGCAGCACAGACAUCCUGGUGUUUGGCUCAGUGGUGGACAGCGUCACAGAGGAGGAGUGUGAGGUGUCCGAAGACUCGAGCGGCGAAGCAGAGCUGGAGGCCGAGCCAGAGACGUCAGAUCCAGAGGAUAUUCGGGACCUUCAUCCCGGAGCGCUGCUGUACAAAGCCUCAAAGGCCCGAAACUUGCCUGUCAUGGCCGAAGCGCUAGCUCAUGGGGCCGACGUCAAUCUGGUCAACGAUGAGGACGAAGGGAAGACGCCCCUCAUACAGGCGGUGGUUGGGGGUUCAUUGAUCGCCUGCGAGUUCCUGCUCCAGAACGCUGCUGACGUCAACCAAAGAGACUCGAGAGGGAGGGGCCCCCUGCAUCAUGCCACAUAUCUGGGUCACACAGGGCAGGUGUGUUUAUUCCUCAAAAGAGGAGCUACACAGAACGACGGUGAUGAGGACGGCCAGGAUCCUUUGAGUAUAGCUGUACAGCAAGCCAAUGCCGACAUAGUCACACUGUUGCGUUUGGCCAGGAUGAAUGAGGAGAUGCGGGAGUCGGAGGGACCCUUCGGACAGCCAGGAGACGCCACGUACCUCGACAUCUUCCGAGAAUUCUCCCACAUGGCAUCCCACAACCCAGAGAAGCUGAAACGAAGGAGCGUUCACUUCAGGCACUCCUUCAGGUAGUCGCCAAGAGUCUGAAAAGCAACAUCAUCAUCAUAUACUUGAAAAGUGCAACGACAGCCACUUUCCAGAUACACAUCACAGAGGGGAAACCUGAUAGCAUAAGUAAUUCUGUUAAUGCAUAAUAAACCACCUUAUCACCUUUAAAAUGCAUUAUAGUGAAGAAAUCAUGAAAAAUUUGUGUUGCUGUUGUUAGAAUAUCUGCAUUAUAUCUGCAAGAGUCUUGUGCUGUUCUCAGAUCAGACUUUUAUUUUGAUAGGAUUUUGUUCUAUGAGGAUUUGCUGGUCUUUUCCUCUUAUAAACAUAUAAAUAUAGCAUUGCUUUUGUACAGUGUUAGUUUUAACUUUGGAUAAAAAUCCCCCAAGCACUUGUUUUGACUCUUUUUCUAUGUUUGUUGGUGUAAAUCAUCAUUUGUUUGCUCUGUCUCAUUCAUCAAUACUUUACAUAAAGGAAUUUUCCUGUAUGUGUAAUGCAUGCAUUUACUCCCAUUAUAUUUCAUUACUUAAACUUGAAUUCUGUUAUGUUAUAUGGAUAAACAGUGUCAUGUAUCAUCAGUAGUUAUCAUCACCAAUCCAACAUCUUGAAGUCGCAGUGUCAUUAUUUUCUCCAUGAGCAGUUUAUUUUGAUAUGAAUGUGUUAUUUUUGCAUUGACUAUGCUGGUGUAGUCUUUGUAAUAUUUUUGUUUAAAUGUACUUUGCAGUGCCACUAUGAAGUGCAGUGCUUGUGUUACUGCGUACAUGCUGUAGAAGCAAAAAUGCUAAUAUAUCUGAAUGAACAGGAAAACUGAUGAAAGGUGGAUUGAAAUAAACAUCGUCUGUGUUUACAUAUAA